CCUGCGCUCCAGGAAGUCUCUUGCAGCAAGCGUCUUUGCCCGAUGGGGGGCGGUACCAUCCAAAUAACUUAAGCCUGAAGAUUUGUAGGUGGAAGGAGAGAUCGCGUUCAAAACCUUCUUGACUCUACCCGCUCUCCGUAGCGCUUUAGCCCGCUCGUGUUUCAAUGCGCGUUGUUGCUCGGCGAAGCUGAGUCCUAUACAUCGCCCGCUGCCCUCCUGAUCAUGGCCUCUCCGAGUUCAUUCACCUACUUUUGCCCUCCAUCCUCCUCCCCUGUCUGGUCAGAGCCGCUGUACAGUCUGAGGCCGGAGCACGCGCGGGAGCGGUUGCAGGACGACUCAGUGGAAACAGUCACGUCCAUAGAACAGGCAAAAGUAGAAGAAAAGAUCCAAGAGGUCUUCAGUACCUAUAAGUUCAACCAUCUUGUUCCAAGGCUUAUUUUGCAGAGAGAGAAGCACUUCCAUUAUUUGAAAAGAGGCCUUCGACAGCUGACAGAUGCCUAUGAGUGUCUGGAUGCCAGCCGCCCAUGGCUCUGCUAUUGGAUCCUGCACAGCUUGGAACUGCUAGAUGAACCCAUCCCCCAGAUGGUGGCUGCAGAUGUGUGUCAGUUCCUGGAACUAUGUCAGAGCCCAGAAGGUGGCUUUGGAGGGGGCCCUGGCCAGUACCCCCACCUUGCACCCACUUACGCAGCUGUCAAUGCACUGUGCAUCAUUGGCACUGAGGAGGCCUAUGGUGUCAUUAACAGGGAGAAGCUGCUUCAGUAUUUGUACUCACUGAAGCAACCCGAUGGCUCUUUUCUCAUGCACGUUGGAGGUGAGGUGGAUGUGAGGAGUGCGUAUUGUGCUGCUUCCGUGGCUUCUCUGACCAACAUCAUCACUCCAGACCUCUUUGAGGGGACUGCUGAAUGGAUAGCAAGGUGUCAGAACUGGGAAGGUGGAAUUGGCGGGGUGCCGGGGAUGGAAGCCCACGGUGGCUAUACUUUCUGUGGCCUGGCUGCGCUGGUUAUCCUUAAGAAGGAGCGUUCCUUGAACCUGAAGAGUUUAUUACAAUGGGUGACGAGCCGGCAGAUGAGAUUUGAAGGUGGAUUUCAGGGCCGCUGCAACAAGCUGGUGGACGGCUGUUACUCCUUCUGGCAGGCCGGGCUUCUCCCCCUGCUCCAUCGGGCGCUGCAUGCCCAAGGUGACCCCGCCCUCAGUAUGAGCCACUGGAUGUUUCAUCAGCAGGCCCUGCAGGAGUACAUCCUCAUGUGCUGCCAGUGCCCCAUGGGGGGGCUGCUGGAUAAGCCUGGCAAGUCACGGGACUUCUACCACACCUGCUACUGCCUGAGCGGCUUGUCCAUUGCCCAGCACUUUGGCAGCGGCGCCAUGCUGCAUGACGUGGUCCUGGGUGUGCCCGAGAACGCUCUGCAGCCCACUCACCCCGUAUACAACAUUGGACCCGAUAAGGUGAUCCAAGCCACCAUGCACUUUCUGCAGAAGCCAGUCCCCAACUUUGAGGAGCAGGAGGGUGAGGCAGCAGCAGAGCCUGCCUUCGACUAGAUGCCACGGGGUCCCCCGGCUCUGUGCCCACCCCAGUCAGACCAAGGUUGAUACGAUCCGACGUGUGGUACAUUCUGUGCUGCACAAGCCUUAGCCGCUCUGGAGCCAUGACUCUCUCCGUUUCCUUUCUUGUCAAAACCAAACCAAACCAUUGGCUCUGGGUCUGGAGAACAUGUUGAUGUGGUUUCUUAUUUAGCUCCACAUCUGUCAAACCAAAAAUCUGUCAG